AUUAAUCAUAUGUUUUCUGCAAUAUUUAUUUUCUAGUGAGGUUUAUAUUGUAGAUUUGAGUGCAUUCUAAGUUUAUUUUCUACAUGAGCGUUCAUGAAUGUUGAGAAUAAAAUUAAUCCAGCGAUUGUUUUCCUUAAUUAAGAGGAAGACAACGUACACAGCAACCACCUCGCCUACGACAAGCGAAGAACAACCGACAUCGAAGGUUCUAGCCAGCAAUGUCGAGGAAGAGGCGGAGUUGGACGAAAGGCUGGGCACGGACGAUCUGUUCUUCGCCAGCGAACACCUUCCGUUCACGGUCAUGCAGCAGCACGAGCAGAUCUUCCCGAAGGCCAAACCGACCCUGCUUGACCCCCUGAUUGACGAAACACAGCGUGUCGACAAAAGCGGUGUGUGCGCUGUCCCUUUCAGCCAAAUUCCUGCCAUCGGCGGUCAUUUAUGGCUUGAGCUUUGUCAUCUAUUUUCAAAAUGCUUAUACGCAAUAAAGGGCCAGAAUGAUGAAAAACUUCUAAGUUGGAUAUACCCAUUUAGAAUAUUUUUCGAUUUUUAUGGACCCUUGGUUCGAAUAAAUACUCCGUCCAAGAGCUCGGUAGUUAUGCUGUGCAAACCCAAACAUAUUUUGGCUGUACAGAAAUACGAUGGCACUCAUUCCCUCCGGUCCAUCAUUGACAGCAUGGAAAAUUAUAGACGGACUAGAAUAAGCAUUACUAUGCCACAGUAUGAAAUUGAUUUCAGCCAAGUGGCAGAAAAAUUUAAAAACCAUUUGAAUCAUAGGGUCAAUGAUUAUCAGUACCUUUGCAACCAAAUGGCAGUUGAUUUCGUGAAGCGUAAUUAUUUAAUCAGGGAUCAUCGCUGUGAAGUUCCUGCCAACUACAAUGGAGAACUUUGCUUAUGGAGCUUAAAAUGUUUUUCAGCAAUUGUUUUUGGGAGGGAUGCUGAAUAUAAGCAAGACGGUUAUACGAAAAUAGUACACACGCUCAUCGAAGUCAGCAAGGCGCUUUCUGAUUGCGAGAGUGCUCCGCAAAUCUGGCGGUUCUUGCCGACGACAUCAACAUCAAAGUUGGCCCAAUGCUUCGAUGUUCUGGAAACAUUACUCAUCAGGAAUUUAAGGAUGACUUAUCUGAAAUUGGGAAAACUUUCAAAAAAUGUCAAAAACGAAACGCCGCAGCCUGUCGCUCUCUUGGAAACGAUGAUACUCAAGGAUAAAAUGAGUACGGAUUGUAUAAUAACCACUCUGAUGGAUUUGCUUGUUGUUGGAGUCAAUUCGAUAGCAAAUAUAGCCGGCAUGGUUUUAUAUUAUUUAUCUAAGUCACCAGAUGUCCAGGAUAGACUAUUUUGGGAAAUAAAUUUAGUUAUUCCACAUGAUCUUAAUGAACUAUUUUCAGAAGAUAUGAUACACCUGCCGCUUCUGAGGGCGUGUAUCGUAGAAACCAUGAGACUCUGGCCUCCUUUUACACACACAGUUCGCUGUACGAGCAAAGAAAUUGUUGUUAAUGGCUACACAAUACCGAAAAAUACGAAUGUGAUAAUGGCGCACCAGAUAGCCUUCCAUAAAAAUGAACACUUUGCCGAUGCGAAGAAAUUCGAGCCGAGGCGUUGGAUCGGGCGAUUUUCAAAACAAUUAGAUCCUCUCGAAGUAAUGCCGUUCUGUCACAGGCAGCAUCCGAUUAUAAAAGAACUCGCGUACAGACAAAUCGCGGUUCUUAUUGCACAUAUGGUGAAAAAUUUUGAAAUCGAGUAUAAUUACGGUGAAAUGUCUUACGAGAGUAAGAUAUUAUCGUUGCCGAGCAAGCCUUUAAAGUUCACACUGAAGGAUCGUCAUUGAAAUGUUUCUUUUCGUAAUAUAUUGCCCUUUAAGUUGUCUA